UUAACAAUUAAGUAAUGAGACUGAUUUUAUUGCCGCGCUUGUGGUAAACCUGUGACCUUGAAAUUGUACCAUCGCUCUAGCAUGUUUAGUUCGCCUGCUGCGUCAAGUUGAGUAGACGUGUGUUUGUAGUGCUCGUCACGAAAAUGGAAAAACGAAAUCAAGAGCAACGCGUCGCGAUAAAAUUUUGUGCCAGAUUGGGCGAAACAGCUUCGGAAACGUACACUAAAAUUGUAAGAGUGUAUGGUGAUAGUGCUCUUAGACCCGGAAACCAAACGCCAAAGCUCACAAUGGUUGUCUCCGCGCGCCCCCCACACGAAAAAAGCUCGCAUGAGCAACUCGAAGGUGAAAACGAUGAUUAUUGCCUUUUUUGAUAGCCGUAGAAUCAUCCACAAAGAAUUCGUUCCACCGGGGAAAACUGUGAAUCAAGUCUACUAUUACUAUUGCCAAGUACUCGAAAGAUUGCGAAAACGAGUCAACAGGGUGCGCCCAGACAUCGCUCGUAACUGGAUCCUUCAUCACGACAACGCGCCGUGCCACACCACCCUCAGCGUGUCCCAGUAUUUGGCCUCUAAAGGGAUCGCCGUGUUGCAACAGCCACCAUAUUCGCCCAACAUGUGACUUUUUUUGUUUCCUAAAAGAAAAUCUGUGGUCAAAGGAACCCAUUUUGAGUCAAUUACGGACAUCCAGGCGGCCGUGACGAAGGUACCCGCGGGCAUCCCUGUCGAAUAGUUCCAGAAAUGUUACGAAAAAUACAUGGAAAACGCGCUGGGAUCGCUGUAUAGCUGCCAAAGGGGACUACUUGGAAGGGGAUGGCAGAGUUGUAGAAUAAUUUUCAAAUAUACGGUUUUUAUGGAAUCAGUCCUAUUACUUAAUUGUCAUACCUCGUAUAAGGAGAUUCAAUUGGCAUGUGCGAAGCUUUGAAAAAUAGAAUAAAACUCGUCAAAUUUAAUUAAAAAUCCUUCUGUCAAUUCUCACACUGCCAUAAGUAUGUAAUUAUCAGCGUAAAUGUAAACAUGCUCAUUAUUAUACACACAUUUUGUCAGGGUAGGCUAUUGCCCAAGAAAAUUCACACUUGACCAUAAUUUUGUUGCACAAAGCGUUAGGUACAAAUCUUAGAUUGCAUUUUAAUUGAUCAUACCGCAAACUAGUGCUUACACCUUUACUAGAUGUUUGGCGAUUAAGUAAGUAUAAAAACAAAGUCAGAGAGGCAAAUGAGUACAGUUGCCAAUAACACGUAACACUCCAAACUCCCAUCAUGUUCUGUGAUAAAAUUGCGGAUGCACGAUUUAAAAUAAAAGUACUAACGGUUCUUGGACUUUGGUCCCCGGCUCAUAAUAAUUUUACGUAUUUUGGGCGAUAUUACCGCUAUUAUCAAGUCAUACUGAAUAUUACGCUGACAUUUAUCUUCACGCUGCUCUUGUGGAUGGAAAUCAUAUUUAUUGGAGAUAUUGAUUAUAUAUUCCAAUGGAUGAGGCUGGCAAUCACUGAAACUUGCCUCAUCAUAAAAGUUCUGAAUAUGUGGUACCAUUCUCAAGCGGCUAAUGAAUUGCUUCAAGAAUGGGACAAAAGCGAUAUGUUUGCUUUAAAGACUAAUGAGGAACAAAAGAUGUGGCAGGGUGCUCAACGAUCCUUUUGAAAGUUUGUAUUCGCCUAUUCGCUUCUCAGCAUUUGCUCGGUGUUCAUGGCAUUGUUUUCCGUUUUCUUCAUGGAAACACUUGCACUACCCAUCCCAUACUGGAUGCCAGCGUCGUGGCGCAGUAGUAAUGCGUGGCCUCUAUUCCUGUACGAAGAUGUGGUCGUGCCAUUCAGCUGCCUAUGCAACAUCCAAAUCGAUUUAUUUUUGUGUUACCUAAUGUUCAAUUUCACACUUUGCCUGCGCAUGAUUGGCAUGAGGAUGGAGCGGUUGGGUGAUCAACAGAACGAAAUCACCACUGAGCUUGAAAACAUAAUAAAAACCCAUCAACGAGUUGAGUGUAUGGCCAAAAGCUGUCAGAAAAUCAUAACGUGGCCUGUGCUGACACAGAUUAUAUUCAGUUCUCUCAUCAUUUGCUGCUCUAUUUACUCCAUACAACGCAUAAGCUUUAGUGAGAACCCAUCUAAUUUUUUGGGUUUCAUACAAUAUGUCACUGCAAUGGCUUUAGAAAUAUAUAUACCAUGUUAUUAUGCCAACGAAAUAACCGUGGAAUCAGAGAAUUUGAGCAACCAUCUCUACAAUUGCGAUUGGACUGGGAUGUCUUUGUAUAAUAGACGUCAAAUUUUUCUUUACAUGGAACAUUUAAAGCACCCAAUAGCUUUGUAUGCGGGAGGUUAUUUCCAAAUUGGGCUGCCGGUAUUUUCAAAGACUAUGAACAAUGCCUACAGUCUCCUAGCUCUGCUGGCCAACGUCAAUGAAGAAGAGUGAGAAUAUAUUUGAAUCGCAUAAUCACAACGGAAGACACCUAUUAUCAUUAUGAGAGUUAAAUAUUUUGAGCUUAAACAAAACCACUACACAGAAAUUAUUUAUAAUUUUAUGUAUCCUAAGUUAAGCCACCUGAAUAAAGGACAAAGCAAGAAAUUCGUUGUCGGCACUACUA